AAAAGAAGAACAAAACAUUAUAAUGUUAAUGGCAAAAAACACUCUAACGAAUAAGCACCCCUUUAAACAAGAGAUGUCGUUUGUUCGAAAAAAUAUCUUAUUCUUUCAAAAACCAGAGGUGCAAGUGGUGCAAAUUCUUAGUUUUUUAUUAUUCAUUUGAAAUUAUGACCAAUUUUGAUAAAACCCCCUGCCAUCUUAACUGAAAAGUGCCCGGGUGUAAUGUUUAAGUUUCUAUUGUAAUCUUAUAUCCAACACUUGAUCGUUCGCUUAUUGCUUAUUCUACUGCUUGGGAAAUGGGUUUUCUUCUUCUUUGUCUUAGGCCUAAUGCUGAUCAUUUGGGGUCGUUUUGUUCUCCGGGAGACUGAAGGGCGUGGCCACAGAAAAUUUUCUUAAGGGGGUCUAGUUUUGUUAGUCUCCCCGGGCCCGAGCUGCCUCUCGACGGCCCUGCAAACAGUAUCAAAAAUGCUUAUCCAGAAAUAGAAUUUUGCGAUAUUCCAGACAGGGGAUUAUGACACCUGGACAGUAAGCUUACGAAAAAUAAGAUUGUUGUCAUGGUAAUUGUCCGAGAAAGAUAUUCUUUAAUGAGUUUUGAUGAGGUGUUACUUUAGUACUGAUUCACUGUUUCCUUGGCAGUUUUGCAUAUUGUUAAAACACAGCUAAUAUUUCUGUUUUUCAUAGUGCCACAAUGAUUGUUUUACAGUAGGAUUUUCAACUUUCCACCUCAUUACAUUAAUCAUUUGCCCAGUGUUUGAACGAAUGAUCAAAUCGAAUUGAUUACUCACUACCAACCAGAUCUUCAAUUGACUAUCUCGAGCUGCGAUUGCUUUCCAAUUUUAACAGAAAUGAUAUCUCUAGUGUCACAAGGUCUACGCAAAAUGGGUCACAGAAGUACUACAGUUACGUUCAGUGCAAAUGAAAGACCCUGCCCAGCGGUUCUUGUCUUCUCAGCAACAGUGUGAAAAAUAAUAGCUAGCCUGAGAUAUUAACAAAGAGGUGGUGUAUUAAAGAAAUAUGGUUGGUUCGUAGCCGAAUCAAACAUUUGAUUGGCGAGGGGUGUUGGAAAAAAUACGCAUUUAUUAUAUUAAAUUUUGAAUUUUUAGUAUAACAUUUUUCUUAAGACAGAGGGGUUGAAGUAAGUGCUGGGCUCUUCAAUAAUCCUUAAAAAAGGGUUAAGGGUUUUUUUAUACCUUAGCUUAGAGUUUGUCUGAAACUAUCACAGGUCUCCCCAAAUUUCGGGGUUUUGCUCCAUUUUUCCCCAAACUCCAGCACUCUUUGGAUAUUGCCAAAAAAUUUAUCGUUAUAGCUUGGCCUAAAUUACUUUUACGAAUUUGCAGUUGCAAGCCCGCAUAAUAUGUCAAGAAGAUUUAGCUUUUAUUCCAAAAUGUAGCAGGGUAAAUAAAUACAAAAUUAAAUGAGGUUUUUUAUUAUGGCUAUGAAAAUGUGAAUAUUUUAAGCCAAAAGUAACAUGACUUGCAGAAUCACAAAUGACAAAAAAGAAAUGUACAAAAAAUACUGUAAUUACAAUCUAUAUUUAUCAAUCGAGCUUUCUUCAUAAAAUUUGAUUUUAAUUUGAUUUCUCUCAAAUUCUGUGCAGUGAAUUAUUCAGAGAUUUUUACAAAAUGGUGCCAGGCUUUUUUGUGUUCAGAUUAAAAAAAGGUUCCAAUAUGGUUGUUCGUUGAAUAAUUCAUUCCUUAACUCUUUAGAAAUUUUGUGACUUUGUCGUUUGCAAAUGACAUUCCCUUCUUUGUUCGUUAACUUUAUACAUUUGUGCUACAAAUACUGUCACCAACUGCUGAUGAAAAAGAUAUUUGUAAAACUGUAUAAAAUGAAAAAUCUCGAAAUCUAUGCUAUUAGCUUUUCAAUUAGUGGAAUUUUCAAUAUGGAUUCGUUAAAUGGUAAACCACUUUAAUGCUGUUUGUAGAGUCCUUUAGGAAAGAAUUUCUAUUGUCUUCGAUAGAGAUUGUCAGUGGUAGCAAAAAACAUGACAUCAAAGAAGAACCGUCGUUUAACAUUCUUAAAAUCAAAAUAUGAUGUUGAUGAGGUCUGCCAUAAUCUGAUUUUCCUGAUUUGUGAUAUCGUCGUACAAAUCAGUUUAUCGAAGAAUUAGUCAGCAGUGUAAACACUUAUUUCAAAACCACUGAUAGCUGUUUCCCACAUAUUUUCAAUAUAUCUUACUAUAUUCAGAUCAGUUGUGUUGUUCCUCAAGGCAUCUUUGUAGGGACUCUUCUUUUUAAUACUUAACUAAAAAUCCCAUUUGUUCUCAAACAUUGAUGGACCCCAAUAAACCCAUCCUUCUUACGGUACUGUUAAAGCAGUGAAAAUGCCAUUGCUUUUGAACAAAAUUGUCACGAUUGACUGCUCUUAUCAUUUAGAUGUAGGCUCGUCAAAUUAACAUAUUAUCAGGUGUUUAUGUCAGUAAUUUUUAAGAUAAUUGGUCAGAACGACUGUUCUUACCAUCUAGACGUAGUCGUGGCUGACUAGAACAAUGUACCUUAAAUCCCAUUUGUUCUCAAACAUUGAUGGACCCCAAUAAACCCAUCCUUCUUACGGUACUGUUAAUGUUAAAUGCCUAGUUUCCUGCAAACAGAUGAAUUUUUGUAUUGCUUCAUUUGCCUCAAUUUUUACGUUCUGUUAUAUCAACAAAUGUAGUUCAAAUUUCUUCUCAGUCUGAUAUAAGCUGAUAUGAGUCAGUAUUCUUUUCAAAUUUCUAAAAUAUUUUAUCAGCAAUAUUUAGGUAAUCAGAGAAUCAUAAAAACCCAGAAAUAUUGUUUAUUAAAUAUAAUGUCAUACUAAACAGGUAAAGUAUGCGUUUUUAUUUAGAAAAAGAAUUCUCAGCAAUUGGCAAAGGCUAAAGGGAAAACAUAGAAAUGCGACUGCUAUCUAAUCGUAGCUGAGUUUAACUUCGUCCUUUAUCUUGGCCAUUGCUAUUUUUCUUUAGCUAAUAUUCAAUUGCCCACCAUUUAGUAGAGAUAUUGACGGUUUUCAGGCCGUGAUUGCACCUUUCAACAAUUUACUUAAUAAUCAUAGACUUCAAAAGCAUCUGAUCCGAAAGCCCUAUCAACCUGCAGCAUGACAGGGGUGACAAAGGAAUGUUAAAUAUGCAUCUCGGCCAAUAUGGAUUUAAUGGGAAAUGCGACACUUGUCUCUGUGUAGCUUUUUUCCUGCUAAUUAAACACGCUUUAGAUAAAGCAUCACUUAUGGAGCAAAGAUACAAGUGAUUUUCAAAGACAUGAUCUAUUUUAUAUUCUUACUAAACCAAAUUAUGUUCCAGGACGUUGUAAUGGUCUGGAUAAUUGCGGGACUAAUUUUCUUAUGGUCAAGGGUUGCAGGAUUCAAAAUCUUUCUUCAUUGUUACUUGACAUUUGAAUACAGAACACAUAAAAAGUCUCCGAGCUGCACAUUGCUGGAUGAAUUUUUUGAAAGAUUCUUUACUUUUCUUAAAACUUAGCUUAUUUUUUAAAGUGAUUUUUGUUUUUAACCGACAUCCCAUUUCAAUAACUCUGAUUGAAGUUUCUAGGUGGGCAUGCCCUUGCUUUUUACUACGCCCACGAACCUUCUGGUUCCAAGACUAAAGAUCUUGCUCGUUUGUCGGCAACUUUAUACUCUAAUUAGAACAGAAUUCAUUUCAUCAAACAAUCUAUCCUGUUUUGCAGUCAAUCUUCAUUUUAGAACUUCAUCUUAUAAUAUUUAUUAUGACUUUAACUUUCGCCUAAAACCUCUGUGUGAAAAGCUGUUCAAAUAUAGCUCUAUUUAUUUUUCUACUUCUUUUCAUAAAACGCAAAGACUAAGAUUUUUAGAAGAAAAUAAUUACACGAACCACGGAAAACAGGUCUACAAUCACAAAAAGCUUUCCUUCUUUGCUUGAGUGAAUCACCAACUUCUGUGUCAAUAAUUGGCCUUAUUCUCAGCUACUGAGCCAGCCAUAUUUCUCCCAACUUAACUCAUUCACUCAAAACGAUGUAGACAGACGCCAUGAUUAGGUGUCUAGCUAGAAAGCCCAUGUCUUGUAGAGCGUUUGAGACCAAGAAACAAGUUCUUUGUCAUUCGUUUUAUUGAUUCAAAAACGCUCUAGGAUCUACUAAAACUCUAUGAUCUUGUGAAUAUAUUCUAUUCAAGCAAUCAAAACUUGCAACUUUGAGAUUAAAUUUCUUUUAUCUAGGCAACAUGUUCUAUGAAAUUCUGCUUUAUAUUUUUAAACACUAAAGGCAAAUGCUCUAAAAUUCACUAUUAUUAAUAAAGGUAUGAAUAUCAAGGCCGAUUCUUCUGUAAAUUAAAACUACUUGCUCAAAGAUCGUAUGCAUGCCAUCUGCUCGAAACGCAGGUGAUAGUACUUUCCAUAUAAGACCAAUAGCCAAUCUUGAAAGCCACUCUUGGGUCAGAUCGGUGCAAGCAUUCGCUAACACAAGGUGAAUCCUCUUUCGCUGGCAUUUGUCUCCAAAGUUUGGCUGAUGACGUUUUCUAAAGAUUUCAACCCUUAGAUGUUAGCUGGCUGACUUUUAACUGGCAAAGGAAGAUUCUUGUGGCUGAUCUCAAUCGCAGUUUGAUCUGAACGUUAGAAGCGAGAAGAAAGCAAACUUUAGAAGGAAGCUUUCACACUUUGGGCAUAAAUAUCAUCGGAAUUAACAAACGCAUGCUCGAUUCAAGAAAAAUGGGCUACCUACACAGCAUUAUGCCAACAAUUUCAACAGCUUUAUCUACGGUCACAAACUUCACAAAUUUCAGCUUCAAUCUGCUCACCAUAAGCAAUGGCCCCACGCAGUUAUCAGCUUUACCAAGCAGCGUAUCUACAGCCAUUCCCCAUUGGUCAACCAUCAGCACACUACCAACAGCUUCACGAAAAACUAACACUACAGAAAAGCCAGAAGAAAUAAGCAUCAUGGCAAUCCAUUUCCUGGGAUUCUUCCUUAUACUUUUGGCGGUUCUAGCAAUAAUUGGGAACUUCAUUCUCAUGGCUAUCAUAAUAUUUGUUCGAAAACUGCACUCAAAGACCCACAUAUUUAUCGUGGAUUUGACUGUAAGCGAUAUUCUUGUUGCUGUCACUGUCAUGCCGAUUGACAUUGAUAGGCUUAUAAGACGUAAGUUCUUACACGAUGUUGUCACGUGCGAGUUUGUCAGCGUCAUGUUCUUCAUGUCCCUCCCAGCAGCCGCUCUAAGCCUUUCCCUUUUGACCUUGGAGCGCUACAUCACCCUAAGAUACCCUCUCACCCACCUGAAAAUUCUGACACGCUACCGCAUUGUUGGGGCAUUAGUCGUCAAGUGGGUUUAUGUCAUAAUCGUCGCCAGCUUGCCUGCCAUGGGAUGGGUAUACCGGCCAACUACUGUAGACAAGAACUGCAACUUAUACUUCACCAUACAGUACGCUGUAUUUAUGGUGACAGCAAAUUUCAUUCUUCCCUUGAUAAUAAUUUUGGCGGCCAACAUAGAGAUUUUUCGUAUUGCCAACAGUGCCGCAUUGAAAAUGCGAAAGUCGACAAGACGCAACGAGAAAAGGAGGGCCAGCCUGAUCACUAUUGGUGGUAAUGUCAAAGCUGCAAAACGAAUCAUGCUUCUUGUUGGCCUCUUCCUCAUAUCCUGGGUUCCAUACAUCACCAACACAAUUGUCUGCAUGGUCCUUCGUACCUGUCAUUCUCCUUUGGCCUUAUGUAUCGUCCUGACAUUGAACUUUUCUAGUACUGCGAUGAAUCCAAUAUUGUAUGGCCUGCUAAACAAAGAUGUACGCCACGAAAUUCGAAAGAUUCUCAGAGAAUUGUCAAUGAAAUGCACAAAAAACAGCUUCGACAAGCCCUUUCAACGUGCCAGCCAUGCCGAUUACAGCUAUUCAGUGUCUGUGGCUACAGACAGAGAAGUGCUUAACGCCAAGGAUGCAGCCCACGAAACGACAUUUUGACAUUUGUUCAUUUGGAUCGGAUUGGCUGCAGAAAGUCAUAACCUACAGGCUAAACCUUAAGAAUCAUCAAUUUUCGGGCUUUUGUAACCCUAGUGUGAGAUCUAUCUGAUUUAUGUAUAUGGUUUCUUUAUUUGCUUUGAAAUUUAGUGUUUAGAAAUCACGAAACUCCGGUACAAGCGUUAUGACAUCGUAACGAAACUUUAAUAUUUAGCAUAGUAGGUUCUAGUCCUCAUAUCUAUUCAAACUUUCAUGAAGAUCAUUGGCUGUUACUUUCUCUAAAACAAAUCUUAAAAAAUGUUUCCAUACUUUCCAAGAGUGUUUUUUUAGGAUGUGAUCAAUGUGCAGGACAAUAUUGCUAAUGUCGAAAAGAGUGUAAAGCGUAUUCAGAAAUUUCAAAGGUAUGGCGCUCAUCGUUGAUUUUCUCGGUGUCAGUUCACCAUUUGAAAUAAAAAUAUUGGAAUAAAAAGGAGUUCAUAUCAUUUGCAAAAUAUGGACUUUCAAUUCCAUCUCAAAAUCAAAAGUAGUAAAUGCGCCAAUUCAGUUCGUUAUGGUAAGAAUUUCUACUAUUGAAAUUACAUUGAAAUUUGCCCCUUCCAACACGAAUAAAGUGUUUUUUUGUAUAAGUUCUGGCUACCAGGGGUGGCUUGCGAAAUUCCCAAGGUAGAAAGUGCAGGAGCUCGAGCCCCCAAGAACCCAGGUAGUUUGCGCCUAUGAUCAAAGUUUCUAAAUACUCGAAAUGAUCCUAAACUUUGAUAAAGGCUUUUGUGCUAAUAAGACUAUCAAUAAUUUAAGGACUGGCCUUUUAUUUUAUGCAAAAUUCAUCAGUUGAUCUUGAAGUUACAUUUUAACACAAACCCCAGCAGUGGUGCCGCCGAGAGGGCUCAUGUGGGGCCUCAGGAGGCUCUGCCCCCUUGUUAAAAUUCAAGGAAAUUUUUGAGGACUCAGAAACAAGUGAAUUCACAUUUGGUUAGAAGAAUUCUUUGUUGGCAACCCUGUAUUGAACUAUAGAUUUCUUGUGAAUGAGCAAUCUCUUUUCAGUCUUUUUGUGUCACUGAAUGGUUUGAGCAAUCACUGUACACAACGGAGAGUUUUGAACAUAAAUGCAAAUAUAUUGGGUGUGGAAAGGGUGUGGUCAUGGAUGUGGAUUCUUGAAUCUGCCUACAGCACAGUCCCUCUUCCUAACUUUGUAGGACGGCACCCCUGACCUCAAGGUUGUUUUAUUUAUAAAAAUCUGAUCAGUUCAUGCAGUAUUGCUAUUGGCAAUGCUUAUUUGACUUGCCAUCUUAUCGAAACCUCUCUAACCUUACAACCGGUACAACAAGCCAGGUAUGAGGUAUGAGCCACUCUGGCCAAUAUUUUCCUAGUGAAGGAUAUCUAAAAACAAAUCAAACGAUUCUCUGAUGAUAAACAAGAUAAUCUUCAGUGCUUAACUGGAAAAUGGUACUGUGCGCAUUAUGUGAGUAAUUAGCUGCUUAAAACAAUUUGUGCAUCAAGAACUUGCAAGAUGGUCUUUGAAGAAUAAAAUCAGUUUAAUAUAUUCUAAAGAUCACAACUUGAACGCAAGUCACUUCUCUAUUAAAAUGAUUAUGACAAAGAAUAGCAAAUCUGCUAUGUAAGCGACGUAUGCAUAAACUCGACCUACGUCUCAUGUAUAAAAAAUGGUUAGAUCAUUUCCUUUGAUAUUGUAGAUAUAAAUUGUGUAUCCACUAAUACUUAAGUAUGUAACGUAGAAAUAAAUCAUUUACUUUCUUUUUAGAUUUCAUUUGCAGCCUCUCUUAAAACAAGCUGCAUGGUAUUUACAGGCAGGUACCGCGCAGCCAUCGGGCUAGUAAGGGCGAUAACCCUCCCCUCCCCUCCCCCCAUUUUUUUUAAAUAAUAGGUUAGAUUUUUUUUAGAAAGUUUACUCUAAUGCAACUUUGGAAAGAUUACUCUAACAGAUCUUAAGUAGCAGUUCUUUUUGACUGGGAACCCUAUUUUGUUCAUUUUCUUGAUCUCUUGCCUUAUUAAAUCUGUUUUUAUAGAAAUUGAUGUCUUCUCUGAAUCGGACUGUUUAUAAAUAAAGUAGAAAGAAGCAAGCAUUUUCUAAAAGGGGCGUUUUCCGGCGUUUCUAAAGGGCGCGGCCUUAACAAAUUCGUGGUCACACCUUUUCAGCCCACCCAUUUUUAGAAUGGUGCGCGGUACCUAUUUACAAAUCUUUAACAUUUUAGAAAUAGAUUACUGUUUCAAGCUGUUUUUUAAUAAUCUUACUGAUAAAAUAUCAAAAAAUCUUUUUAUUGCAAUUUCCAUCUUCUGUGUGAAAUAGAAAAAAUUACGUUAUAGAAUACUUCCACUACUAUGUUUUCAGAUUUAGUAUUUAAUUCAUUAAAUACGACUACUUACAUGUUUUCAGAUUUAGUAUUGUAAAGGAAAAUAUUUAAUGUUGUUAGCUGGCCUAGCAGUAACUGUUGUAGCCGCUGUUGAGCUAGCAAUAUGAUAUCUGUAUGUUAGUAGAUGGGUUACAUGUAGACUUGACAUGAUAGAGUCAAAGUACGAUAUCAUCACUGCCUGUUUAUUUGAAUUUUUCCUCCUUCUGGACAAAAUUUUGAUUAUUGGAACUCAAGAUAAUUCAAAAUAAACUUUAUUGUACUUUAACAUUUGUACUAUCCGACUAUGCCUGUGAUAAAAUUGGCAAAAUUUUUAUCGAGGAAUUUAAUAUCCACUUAUGUUGAAUUGUGCUGCUGCGUGGCUUAUGUAAGUCAAAUUGUGUAGGUUUGCGAAGGUUCAUUAUAACGGCUCCGUCUUCUGAGUACUGGGUAUAGGAGCCCCAUUCUUACAAUAGAACAAGGGUUUUUCUGAGGUGGAGGAGCAUCUCUGUCCAUUUCCGCAAAUUAAUUUGUGGAGGUUUGCCACAUGUACCAAUUGUGAUGACUAAUGUAUGUUUUCGAAAAUCUUGAAAUUUUCAUACUAUAAAUCGAUAAAUAUUUAAAAUUUUCCACUGUAGCUUUAACCCUUAUAUUCAUAAUAUUCAACCAAAGUGAUGCUAAGAAAUUCAACAUACCGGGGCUGGUCCUUUCAAGACGGUGUACAACGAUACAUGCAUCAAGUGAUGAUCGCCAUUGAUAUGUGACACAAACCCAUACUUACAUGUUUCGGAAAAAAUGUUACAAAAAAUUACUCAAGACCCAACAGCCAGCUAUUUAACAAAGUUGAGCAUUGGAAAUCAAACACUAUGUCUCUGAAAUGUCUCGAAUCUACCAUUUCGAGCCUACAUUGCAAAGUUAUGAAUCAGCAACCUAGGUCAAAGGCUGGCAGUUCAUUUUUUACAUGG